ACGUUGCGUGUGCGUAGGGGGUGGGCCUCGUCCGUGUCGUGUCUGUCACAUUUGAGCUAGCUACAGCUUAGCGCCCCUACGCUGAUCUCGAGAAAGAUGGCCAUGUCUGCGGAAGCCAGAGCUCUGCGAAGGAGUAACGCGGUCUUCAAGGGCGGCGUGGACCCCGAGAACCUAGUGACGGUGCUCUACGGCAACUUCUUGCUCACGCCGGACGAGAGAGAGAAAGUCACGCACAAGACACUGACGGCGGGUCAGCAACUCGAGGAAAUGUUCACCGCACUGGAGCGGCGCGUUGCUGUCGACCCGCAUGUCCUACAAAAGCUGUUAGACGCGCUGAACACCGAGCCGGCCCUUGUUCCUGUUGCAAACCAAAUACAAGAAAUUACGACGAAGAGAAAGCAAAAGGUGCUGCAAACGGAGGACCAACAACCAGUUAGUUGAUUGUGCUAAUACAUUGCUUUCUUCCAUACUUUUUCAUGACUUACACAGGCACAAGUUCAAAUGGGGACAGAGGUAUGAGGACCCCUACACAGAAGGAGCUGAUGGACAAUGUGAAAGUCGCCCAAUGGUACCUGUUUCGCUCUCAGUCUCCUCAACGGAGACGAUCAAACUAUCAACACGAUCGAUAACGAUGCUUCUCUACGAAAAACUCAAGACAAGUUGAAGGAAGUUUUCAAGAUUUGGUUGGAGGAAAGCGAGGAGCCGACCUGGAAUGGCGUUGUGGCUGCCUUGAAGGAUGUGAAAAACAAUCGACUGGCACGAGACAUCAAGACAAAAUUCUGUUGAGACCGCGAUAACUACACUUUUUAUAUAGUCUGUCCUACUAUACAUAGCCCUAAGUUUUUUGUCCCAAUAACAUCACUAUAAUAUAGCUGUAAAAUUGUAUAGCUGACCACUUAUUCUGCUUAGUCACUAAAACAACUUUAACUACACGC